AUGGGGAGUGCGGGCGGCCCCGCGCCGCCGCCGCCGCCGCCCCUGGCGCGCAGCCGCUCCUGGCCCGUGCCCGUGGCCGCCGUCGUGCGCCUCGACGCCGCUGGACGCGUCGUCACCACCCCCGCGCCCGUCCUCGCGCGCGCGCCCACCCCCGCGCCGCCGCCGACUGUGGUCACGCCGCCCGCGCCCGCCACCGCCUCCAACGCCUCCUCGUCAAACGCGGCCGCGGGCAACGCCGUCCAGGACCCCGAGUCGUCGCCGCAACCCGUGCCUCUGCAGGACCCGCGCAAGGUGGCAACCCUCACGCGCCACUACUACCCCGAGGGCGGCUGGGGGUGGGUGGUGGUGGCGUGCUGCUGCGCCGUGCACACCCUCAACCACGGCCUGCAGCUCAGUGCUGGCGUGCUGCUGCGCCCCGCCCACGACAAGUUCGCCGCCUCCGCGCUGCUCACAGCUAGUAGUAGUAGUAGUAGUAGUAGUAGUUAG